UGGUUCAGUCAGUAAGGGAGGGGAAGAAGAGAGGGAAAGAAAAAGGAAGCUCUCCGAUAGGUUUUUGUUUGUAUUUCUCCAAAGUUACACAAACUUUCCCAAAACCAAGGUAUGACUGGAGGCCUUAUGGGGAUCAACAUGCUGAAGAGAGAGAUCUGAAGGGAAGGACGGACAUCAGUUUGUCAGCAGUUGUGCACAGCUGAUGACAACAUCAAAUAUUUAUUCUUUUUAAGGCCUUGGGCCCUCGAGUGAUUAUAAAGAGUGUCCAAAGUAAAAGGAUGUGUUGAUCCAAUGCUUCCUCUUCUAAAACCCUCAGACCCUGGACAGAGUAAAAGAGAGACAAUGUCCUCUGAACUGAACUCCAGUCUCACCAGUAUUGACUGGCUGCCUCAGCUGGGAAUCAGCAGCUUGCGCUCGGGGAGAGAGAGAGGAGGAGGCGAGAGGGACAAGAAGAAAGACAGAGGGAGGGAGAGGGGAGACUUACUACCCUCUGUGCCGGACCCCUCCCCUUCUAACUACAAAGGGAAACCCCCUCACAGCUAUGCCACUCUCAUCGCUAUGGCAAUAGCAGCUGCACCUGAGAGGAAGUUGAGUUUGAAUGACAUCUACACCUGGAUCAAUGACACGUUUCCCUACUACAGCCGAGCUGGCCGUGGAUGGAAAAACUCCAUUCGGCAUAAUCUGUCCCUUAAUAAAUGCUUCAGGAAAGUUCCUCGGCCGCAGAAUGACCCCGGCAAGGGUUCCUAUUGGACAAUGGAUGGACCUGCAGAGGUGAAUCAAGUGAGGGCACCUAAACGUCCCUAUCCAGAGGAGGAAGAGGAGAGGCUGGAUGACUGUAAUACCUUUUCCAACCUUGGAAAUGGUAACGCUGUGCUGUUACAGGAUUCUCAAGCACCGGGGACAGAAGCAGAGAGACCACCCUCCCACACAGACCACCAGCUUCUUAACACAGAGCCACUGGGAGCCAUCCAGCAGCAGCCACCCCAUUCUGCCUCCCUCUCUCCUCCCCCAUGCAAGCAACCGUCACCCUACAUGCCAAGCCCUCUGUCCACUCACCCUGUCGAGCAUCCAUCUGUCUCUCCUCCAGCUGGGCCUCCUCCUGCUGCCUCCAUGUCUACUACCAAUUCCUUCCCACCUUGCCAUCCACCCGGCCCCACUUUCUCCAUCCCCGCUGCCUCUGCUACACCUCUGUCUGCUGCCAAUAUGUCUUCUCCCUCUUUCUCUGGUGCCACUCUGUCUUUUCCUGCUAAUUCAGUAUCUGUUCCCACUUUCUCCUGCGCUCCUAACUCAGUGUCUGUUUGCACAGUGUUAGGACCCACUCAUUCCUCUGCAUGUGUUGUCCCUUCAUCUGUUGCUGCCCCUCCUGUCUUAUUAAACUCCUCCACUGAUCCUCCGCUGCGUUUCACCUUCGAUGAGAUGAACUUACCAGACUUGUAUGCGUCUUUCAAGUCUCUCUUCAAGACCAUGCGGGAGAAGGGAGGCUCACAGUCGGAUGUUGCUCCCCUGGCUGUUCUGAACAAUGACACUACCCCACUGCACACGCCGACUCUGCUCCCAAUGUCUCCCCACCCUGCACCGGCUGCACACCCUCCUGAGACAGAGCGCAUUACACAAUACACGGUGCCAGCUGAUUGGUUCAAUAACCAAGAUUCUCUGAAGAAGAGCUUCCGCAUUGCCAGCAAUCUAGACUGGGCAAACAUAGACCUAUCUGGUCACCCAGACCUCCUGGAGAGCAUGCGACAGGCAGAGCUCUGCGACUGGGCCCUGGACCCGACACUCUUCACUUCCCUCUGUGACUCUCUGAACCGCUUCUUCACCCAGAAAGGCAUGAUCAACUCUGGGAAUAACUCCCCACAAGCCCUCGGUUCACCUCCCUCCUUACAGGUCCCACCAUUCACCUCCAAUCCACCUCCUACCCUCGCCAGCCUCACUCACCCCUCACCCCUCCCUUACUCUCCCAUAGUUCACCCUGCCAGUGGAGUGCAGCCACCCCGGAGGGCUCUGCACAUGCAGGGACAGGGCCUUCAAAGACCACAGCUAACACAACCUGCUAACACAACUGCUGGGAUGCAGCCUCAGUCUAUGACACCCCGACAGCAUCCUCCAUUAAAGAGUCUGCACAGCAACAGUGAGGAGAUCCAGGAUGACUUUGACUGGGAUUCUCUGCUCGUUUGACCCUCACAGACUGUGUGGAGGAAAGGAUUACAACAAAACUUUUCAACGAAAUGUGGUUCUUCCCAGCAGUCUUCACUAAACUUGAUGCUGAGGCUGCCUCUUACUUGUGCAUCUUGAAGUUUCUCGGGGUGCAAGUUUGUCACAUUUGACUGAACGCUGUAUUUCAAGGUAGAAAUAGUUGUACAUGUUUUCACCUUUAUUCAAAUUCAUAUGCUGUAAUAACUUUUUAGCUUUUCUUCUGCAGGUAAUUGGCAGGGUGUUUUUUCUGUUGGAUUUUAGAUUCAUAAACAUGUUCGCCAAAGAAAAUAAACUGUAAAUAUAUUCUCGUCACAUUAUUGUUCUCUGCAGCA